AUGGCAGAUCACCAGAGAAUCCACCCCGACCCGAUCGCACCGGCGGCCGACCUCGAGUCACAGCAGAAACCCACUGCACCACUGGUGCCCAGAGGCUCAUCCAGGUCAGAAAACGGCACCCCGACUGAGCCACCACCACCGUACCACCGUACAAUCCCGCUCCAAUACUCCAAACCACCAAAAAAGCGAAACUGUUGCCGCCGGUUCCUAUGUUGCACACUAUGCCUGCUCGUGGUACUCAUCCUCCUUAUCGGCAUCUUAGCAGCAAUCGUGUAUUUUGGGUUUGAUCCAAAAAUCCCAAAAUACUCGGUUGACGGCAUGACCAUCACCCAAUUCAACCUCAACAAUGACAACAGCUUAUCCGCUCAGUUUAACGUGAAUAUUACAGCAAGAAAUCCAAACACCAAGAUCGGAAUAUCCUACGAGGGCGGGUCCCGGUUGACCGUUAUUUACAUGGGAACAAAACUGUGUGAAGGAUCAUGGCCGAAAUUCUAUCAGGGACACCGGAAUACAACGGUGUUAAACGUCCCUCUGACGGGACAAACUCAGGAUGCUACAGGUCUAUUGAGUUCGUUAGGGGCACAGCAACAGACGGGAAUAGUGCCACUGGUUCUGCGAGCUAAAGUUCCGGUGAGGAUUAAACUGGGAAAGUUGAAGUUGCCAAAGUGGAAGCCAUUGGUGAGGUGCAGGGUGAACGUGAAUACCUUGUCUGCAGAUAAUGUUAUUAGGAUCAGGGAUAGUAGCUGCAGCUUCAAGUUUAAACUAUAAUUCUUUCCAUUUUUUAUUCCUAUUAUUGUUUUCUUGUAUUGAUUCUACCUAUUUAUUGGUUCCAGAUUGAAGAGAAAGUGGAGGAUCCUAUUCCUCCCUUCUCUAUAUUCACAUAUAUAUACAUAUACAUAUUUGAGAUAUAUAAUAAAGAUCAGUUUUUCAGUUAAGCCAUUUCCAUGGAUGUCAGAGUUGUGAAUG